CUCGUUCGCCUCCUCUCUCGUCCUUCUUUAGCCUCCCGGCGCAACGGUCCAGCUCUCGCGUUAUCUUGGAACGUCUUCUGUAACCAAGAGCCAACAGCUCACGCAGCACUGGCUAGCUUCGUCGCCGGUCGAUAAGAUCUACUUGCCGACGCCAUUGAUCCAGUUUCUCCUAGUCCGCUGAACGCGACCCAAGUCGGUUCAUACCGAAUGUCUCCUGCGACAAGUCAGCGUCAGCCAGUGGAGCAGCCUCCGAUUGUCCUGAGGAGGUGGGACCUAUUUGGUCCCCCUAUAGAUUUGGUUAGAUGAAGGUUUGGAAGGUCGAAGGACAGACGGAUGGUCCAAGCAUCGAGCUCGCUAGAUUCGCACGCGGAGACUUUGAUGCUCCUGGUCACCUCCUUGUCUCUCUCUUUCUCUCUCCUUCCCGCGUUCAUUCUCUUUGAAUCAGCCUCUUCGAUUGGCUGGCCUACGUCGAGAGACUGAAGAAGAGGCCGAAUGAGGUGGUGGCCUCCGCGAGUCUCAGAGAACUCAGGAAAAAGACUCUCUUGGCAAUAAGAGAGUGGGAGAGCGAGAGAGUUCACAUUCGAGGCAGCAAGCCGAUGCGGCCGUUGCGGCCGAUUCAGCCGCUGAGGAGUCUAGGGCCCCUUCAAUUUUUCUACAGCAUCCAGCAGCGGUCCAGUCCAGCCUCCCGAGUCCCCACCGGACUCGUGGAUUCCGGCCAAGCUAUACUGAGUUCCCGCUAACGUAGAAAGUACCUCGAGGCGAUACACGUGCAUCGCGAGCUAGCUAGCAGGUCGAGUCGUUACGACGAACCGACCUUAGAAGAGAGACAGGGCUGAGCUCGGAGGUGGGUUCCAGCCAACAAUGACGCCCAGUUGAACGCGGCUGCUCAAACUUUCUGCUUCGAGUCAGAGACCGCUCUCGGAAACUCCUGACGCGUUGUGCAUUCUCGAGAAUAGUCGAGAAUAGUCGAGAAUAGUCGAGAAUAUUCUUUGAGAAUAGAAAAACAAAUGACUGCGCUCGUAGGACGUGCCUUCGUCGACGUUUCGAGCAGGCGCCUGCCUAGGACCAAUGCAGUGUCUCGCUUGUUGUUCUCUUGAAUGUUGUGCUGUGCAGUGUUCACGGUGGGAGCUAUAAACUCAAGUAAAACCGAAGCAAAGCCAAAAGCGAAUCUCGCUAGCAAAGAGUAAGCAAGAUUAUGCAGGUUUCCAUCGGCUACGUCGAUACUGCUGAACUGGACUAGCUUCUUCGAUUCAGGGGGGGGGGCGGUGGACGUCGGGACUUGGUCCAGAGAGCAGUCAGUUGGGAAGGAUGCUUUCGUGACUGGAAGAUCGGAUAGAGAGUGGAUGUAUGGAGCACGUAUGGAUGCUGAGGCACACACGCGCCUAGCCGAAGAAACAAGAAAGAAAUAAACGAGGAGAACUCACACACGUACGGCAUUCCUCUGAUCCUGACUACAAUCGUCUCUCCGCUUUCCUCCUGCUGCUCUGCUAUCCUGCUCUGCUAAUUCCGCGCUGCCAGGAUUCUCGAAGGGAGGAUGUGCGAGUGCGGCGACGAGUGUGCCGAGCGCACACGAAAUUCGGGAUCGUCAUUGAAUUAACGGAUUAACGGAUUAACGGAUUAACGGAGUGGUUGCGCAAUCGGCCUCACAGCAUUUGGAGUCUCGAGCAUUUGAGAUGGCCACUUUAGGCCUCUCAAAAGUCUUCAUAUUGGACAAAUACUUCACGGAGCUGCAGAAGUUCUGGGAGACUGAGAAGAAGCUGCAAGAUGCUUCCUCGUCGAACGAAGCAGUGCAUCUGCAGCAGCGGCUGAGAAGUCUGAGCACGGAACUGGUCACCUUGAGGAACCGGCUCCACGUGGGCCAGCCUACUUCGGGAAGUGCUGGGACUACGGGGAGCGCCGGUUCCCCUGGAUCUCUAGCCAAGAAUUCCGAGAAGGGACUUUCCUUAGGAGCUCCGGCGGUACCACCGAGGAGUACGUUACCUCCUGGAUCGACGGGACACGGAAUCGGACAUCCCUCCGGUCACACCCUUACGGCAUCCGCAAUCGUUCAUCCGCACGUUACGCAUGUCCCGAAUGCCCUCACGGGAUCCCACAACUCCAGCGCAAGUGCCUUGCUAUCUGAUUUAGAGACGAGCAAGAGGCACAGCGGAGUCCCCGACGACGGGAUCGUCUCCUGCGUCACCGCGCUCGGGUGCCUGAGGUCGCCGCCAAUUUCUAGCAUCAUUGCUGAUGUGAAAAAUGCCAAGUCUUCGAGCCAGCAACUGCAGCAUCUUCAGCAGGGACACCAGCAAAGAUGUCUACCCAAAGGAACCUACGCAGCAGCCGCAUCCGUUUCCUCUUCCGCUUCUCGAGCGGUCUCCAUCUCCGCGAGCGUUACCUCGGCAAAUUCCGCCUGCUUGGACGACCUCAUCCAUUUGCCAGGCCCUCUCACCGAGGACGCGGUCCUGAAAUGUCUUCAGGCGCGCUUCUGCGCGAAGCAAUAUCACACAAAUGUGGGGCCAAUCCUGGUUUGCAUCAACCCGUACACGGACGUGGGGAAUCCGCUGACACUCACGAGCACCAGGAGCGUACCCCUGGCACCUCAACUAAAUAGGGUUGUUCAAGAAGCUGUGCGCCAGCAAUCGGAGACAGGUUACCCGCAAGCCAUCAUUCUUUCAGGAACCAGCGGCUCCGGUAAAACGUAUGCAUCGAUGCUGUUGCUGAGGCAGUUGUUCGACGUCGCUGGUGGUGGACCGGAAACGGACGCUUUCAAGCAUCUGGCAGCUGCAUUUACGGUUCUGAGAUCUCUUGGUUCCGCCAAGACAGCGACUAAUUCCGAGAGCUCUAGAAUAGGACACUUUAUAGAAGUUCAAGUGACCGACGGCGCUCUUUACCGGACGAAGAUUCACUGCUACUUUCUCGAUCAAACUAGAGUAAUUAGGCCGCUGCCGGACGAGAAGAAUUAUCAUAUAUUUUACCAAAUGUUGGCUGGACUGACGCACGAGGAAAGAGUGAAACUGAAUCUGGAAGGAUACAAUCCCAGGAACCUGAGAUACCUGCAGUAUGGGGACACGGGGCAGGACGAGACCGAAGACGCGGUAAGGUUUCAAGCCUGGAAGGCGUGUCUGGGAGUCCUGGGCAUUCCCUUCCUCGAUGUUGUCAGAGUCCUCGCGGCCGUUCUCAUACUGGGAAACGUUGGUUUCACCGAUGGGCCCGGUCUAGAGGUAGGAGUCAUAGGGGAAAACGAAUUGACUUCCGUGGCAGCCCUUCUCGGAGUCCCACCGCCCGCUCUCUUGCGAGGGCUCACUUCGAGAACUCACAAUGCCAGAGGUCAGCUGGUCAAGUCUGUUUGCGAUGCCAACAUGUCCAAUAUGACGAGAGAUUCCUUGGCCAAGGCACUCUACUGUCGCACAGUGGCCACCAUAGUCAGAAGAGCCAACAGUCUGAAGAGACUCGGCUCAACUCUGGGCACUCUGUCCUCGGACUCGAAUGAGUCCGUCCACAAUCAGGCCGAGGUGACGAGCCAGCACGCUUCUACGAUUGGUAGCUCUGCCGGUGGUACGGGAUCGCGGAGCAUGACUGCCCUGAAUAACGCGGUGCGACACGCGACCGAUGGUUUCAUCGGGAUCCUUGAUAUGUUUGGCUUCGAAGACCCAAAGCCAAGUCAACUGGAGCACCUUUGCAUCAACCUCUGCGCCGAGACGAUGCAGCACUUCUACAACACCCACAUCUUCAAAAGCUCCAUCGAGAGCUGCCGCGACGAAGGAAUUCGCUGCGACGUCGAGGUCGACUAUGUCGAUAAUGUGCCCUGUAUCGACCUCAUCUCUUCGCUGCGCACAGGCCUCCUCAGCAUGCUGGACGUCGAGUCCUCCAUCCGCGGAACUGCUGAGAGCUACGUGGCCAAGGUGAAGCUGCAGCACAAGCAGAAUCCAAGGCUGAUUGAAUCGCGCUGCGUCGACUGUCGUUCGUUUGGAAUUCAACACUUUGCCGGCAGAGUGACGUACGACGCUUCUGAUUUUCUAGAUACGAACAAAGACGUCGUUCCUGAUGACCUCGUGGCAGUCUUCUACAAGCACACUUGCAACUUUGGAUUUGCCACGCAUCUCUUUGGCAGCGAGCUGAAGGCCCUUUAUGCGAGUGACACUGUGCCCAGAGGAGUGAGCUUUAGGAUAUCGCCGACUUCGCAUACGGACCUACUGAACGGAGACGAGCCAAUUUCGACGUUAACGCAAGACUUCCACACGCGAUUGGACAAUCUACUGAGGACGCUGGUGCAUGCGCGACCUCAUUUCGUCAGAUGUAUCAGAAGCAAUGCAACGGAGACGCCGGUGCAUCUCGAUCGUGGCGUUGCGAUGCGGCAAAUUCGGUCGCUUCAAGUUCUCGAGACUGUCAAUCUAAUGGCUGGAGGAUAUCCGCACAGGAUGCGUUUCAAAGCGUUCAACUCGAGGUAUAGGCUGUUGGCUCCAUUCAAGCAGCUGCGUAGGGCCGAGGAACAAGCACUCGAGGACACUAAGCUCAUUCUUCAUAAUGCUCAAGAGACGAAGAGGAAAUUCGGCGCGAGCACCAGUUGGGCCCUCGGUAAACGACACAUCUUCCUGAGCGAAGGCAUUCGCCAGCAACUGGAACAGAUGCGGUCAGAGAUGAGAAGAAGGGCAGCAACCUCAAUACAGGCAACGUGGAGAGGUUGGCGAGUCCGUAGGAGGUGGCCAAUCCGGAGAACAACUAUGGGAGUGACUUCCGGUAUGGGAAAGAAGCCACCACAGCAGCCGGCCUCUGGAAACGUGGGCACGAUUCAACGAAGCGUAGCGACCUCGGGUGCCGGAAGUGGGACACGACCCAGACCUCAGCCGAUUGCCGGUACUCCGCCACCGGAUCCCUCUGAGAAGUGUGCCGAUCAGAAAAUGAUUCAACAGACCUGCACUCUCUUUGGCCUCGACCUGGAGAGACCGCCUCCAGUUCCUCCCAGCAGAUCCUACACCGUAACAGGGAACACCAAAUUGGGCUAUCCGCAAACACGACUGAUGAAGAUGCCUUUUCCAGAAGAAGGUGAGGGGGAAGUGGUCCUGCUCAAGGGUGAGACUGUUCUGGUGGUAGGAGCGUCUCCGCGACGUGGCCAUCUUCUCGUGGAACACAAUAACACCACCCUUCACGUACCGUAUCAGUUCAUGGAGCUGAAGCCUUGUAAUAUUAAUGUGUAA